GGGUUUCAGAACUGCGCCUCCUCUCAUCCGCCCUAUAUAAACACACACUCAUCGUACGUAUCCUUUCAAUCCAACUACUGUGGCCGCCGUCCUUGGAUCUAAAUGUUCAUUUGUUGCAUUCUAAAUCAUUCUGCAAUUCUAGCAUCGUCCCCUUUUUUUCAUUAGAAUUCUCUGCAUCUCACGCUCUCGAUCUCCACUUCUCUUACAGCCGCUCACGCAAUCGAUCCCCUAAUCGCUUGAUAUCUCGCAGCAAUCGAUCUUUUACAGCUCUCUUCUCCUCUCUACCUCCUGCUUCAUAUAUAUACAUAAAGCAUCUGCAAUGGCGGGCCAUCUACAUAAAAAGAACGAUGCAAGUGCUUUCUUCUUCAUGGCUACUCUGGUUAUGUGGGCUGUCUCUGUUUUCUUCGAAAUACUAUUCAACAAACGCACUGAGCUCUUUCCACUUCUGACCGGCUUCUGUUUUUACCAAUUUGCCAAUUGGGUUUGCCGUACUUUCAUCUCCAGGAACCCCCUUUUGGUUAACACAUGCGUCUCUCUUCUCCAUUCCUCACUUACUUCUGCCUCGGUGGUAUUCAUUUUGGUGAACGAGUUGAUAUCUAAUGGUUGGGAUGAGUUAUUUGAGCAUUCAAAGCUUGUGAAAGCUACUUGGCCAUGGGCAUACUCGGCAUUGUGUAUUUCUUGUGGCUAUUUCGCGUACGAUCAAUUGGAUAUGUUGCUCUAUGGCUUAUACAGUGGGUGGAUACCCUCCAUCCUGUUGCAUCAUUUUAUACUCCUUGGAUGCUUUACUCUAGCAUUAUAUCGUAAUGUCACAAUCAACUACCUUAUUCUAACUCUAAUAUGUGAGCUACAUUCGAUCUUUCUUCAUGUGCGAAAAGUGAGGCGGAUGGCGGGUUUUCGUGAUAGCAAUAGCAAGUUUGUGAAAAUAGAAUGGUUCCUUAAUAUGGUUACAUUCUUCUUGGCACGCCUCUUAUCCCAUCUACUUAUUACCAUCAAGCUUGUGAAAGAUGCUGCCAAGUUUGAGAAAGGCGUGGAACUCCCACUCGCUUUGUUAGGUAUGGCUGGGAUGAAUCUGCUGAAUGUUUUCCUUGGAGUAGAUAUCUUGAAAGCCUUGAGGAGGGAAAGAAACAGCCAUGAAUCAUAGAAGACGAUGUUAAUUUUAAGUUAUUUGCACUUGCAUGUUGUGAUAUGGGUGUUUCUAAAAUCAAUGAAGUGAUGCAAUGUACUCCAACCUUGAACGUUCUUAUGGUAUUCUAAAAACACGAUUUUCAAUAUUGAAAAGAAUGACACCAUUUAC